AUGUUGCGUCCUUGCUUCAUUGGGCCGUUCACGGUUUUGGACAAGAAAGGCCUAGCGUAUAUGCUCGACCUUCCGUGCAAGAUGCAAACAUACCCAGUGUUUUACGUCAGCUUGCUUAAGCCUUACCUUGAUCCGUCGCUGGCAGAUGAUGAGGCACUUGCACCGAAAGGGUUGGCACUGCCACAAGUCGAGAAACCCUCAAGAGAAGAUCCAGUUGUCCUUCAAGACGCGCCACCCGGUCACGAAGACCAUGUAAUUACUCAUCGACGACGCGUCGAAAUUCAUCGGCCGCUGCCUGCUCUCUUUGACGAGCAAGGGGAUCAAAAGUACCAUGCUGAACAAAUCCUGCAGCGACUUCGUCUCGACGACCAGUACCAGUACUUGGUACAGUGGCGGGGGUACCCGGAGUAG